CGUCGGCGAGCAGCCUGGCGCCCAGCAGGCUGGCGGAGCGCCUCGGGCUGGCAGACCGCGAGCGCCAGGCCCGCGCGUCAGACGCCGGCGCGCGGCCCCGCACAGGAAGCGUCGGCGCAGCCGUUCACCCUCUGAUGAAGGUGACACAGGCGUCUCAGUCGUGUUACGACGUACACGAGCGAAAGGGACCAGAGGUAUCUCCCACCCACGAGGCGUCUAGGUCAUCAUCUAAGAAAUCAAGCACAUCUGCCUUCACCAACGGCAGACUAGAAGUUUCGCUUCCAGAGUCGAAAGGCGCUAUACCAAAAAGAAGAAUCAAAGACAAAGACAAAGACAGACACAAAGAAAGAGAAAAAGAGAAAGUAAAAGUGAAAUACAAACGAGAGGAGCUUGACGUCCGGUCGGUGACUGUUCCUCUCAAAGACAUCAUCUGUUACUUGUCCCUCAUAGAAGGAGGACGGCCGGAAGACAAAUUAGAGUUUAUGUUCCGUCUAUACGACACGGAUGGAAAUGGCGUACUGGACACUGAUGAAAUCGACUGUAUCGUAAACCAAAUGAUGAAUGUAGCAGAGUACCUAGGAUGGGAUGCUUCCGAGUUGAAGCCGAUCCUGAAGGACAUGAUGGUGGAGAUAGACUACGACGCCGAUGGCACGGUGUCCCUGGAGGAGUGGAAGAGGGGUGGCAUGACCACCAUCCCACUGCUAGUUCUCCUGGGCUUCGAAUCGAGCGUGAAGGAGGAUGGCCAGCACGUCUGGAGACUGAAGCAUUUCAACAGACCUGCGUACUGCAACUUGUGCCUUAACAUGCUCGUUGGCCUCGGGAAGAAAGGCCUCUGCUGCGUAUUGUGCAAGUACACGGUGCACGAGCGCUGCGUCCAGCGAGCACCUGCGUCUUGCAUCGCAACCUACGCCAAGUCCAAGAAGAUGUCACAGACCAUGAUGCACCACUGGGUAGAAGGCAACUGCCACGGCAAGUGCGACAAGUGUCGGAAGACCGUCAAGAGCUACAACGGCAUCAAUGGCCUGCACUGCCGCUGGUGUCAUCUAACGCUACACAACAAGUGCGCGUCACAAGUGAAGCCGGAAUGCAAUCUGGGUGAGUUCCGGGUGCACGUGUUGCCGCCAACUGCCAUCUGCCCCAUUGUACUGGACAGACAACGAUCUAUCUCCAGGCCGGGCAGGCGUGAACAGCGCCCCGCCGAAGCCGCAGCCGCAGCCGUCCAGUCGGUGUCAGCCGAACCAGUACCACACCCAGCAACAAUAAUGACUGCGACGACCACCAUGACCACCACGACCACCAUGACCACCACGACCACCACCACCGCAAUGGGCCACUACCAACACGCAGAAGGAGCGUACCCCCCAAUGUCCUUCCAGAUAAUGCCGCCAACGAACACGUGUCCGUUGGUGGUCUUUGUAAAUCCCAAAUCUGGAGGACGACAAGGCGAACGAAUGCUCCAUAAAUUUCAGUACCUGCUUAACCCCCGCCAGGUGUACAAUCUUGCAAAAGGUGGUCCCAUGGUGGGCUUGACCCUUUUCAAAGACUUAUGCAACGUCAGGGUCAUCUGCUGUGGAGGCGACGGAACUGUGGGAUGGGUUCUCGAAUCCAUGGAUCGCAUCCAAUACGAACAACAACCAGCAGUUGGGGUCAUACCACUUGGGACCGGAAACGACUUAGCAAGAUGCCUACGCUGGGGCGGAGGCUAUGAAGGAGAAAACAUCGGCAAAAUACUUAAGAAAAUAGAACGUGCUUCCCAGGUAAUGAUGGAUCGAUGGCAGAUCGAAGUUAUUCCAGAGUGCACGAGCGGAGACGAAUUACCGGGAGACCCAGUGCCUUACACAAUCAUCAACAACUACUUUUCUGUGGGUGUGGACGCUGCCAUAUGCGUGAAGUUCCAUCUGGAGAGAGAGAAAAAUCCAGAGAAGUUUAACAGCCGCAUGAGAAACAAGCUUUGGUAUUUUGAAUUCGCAACAUCGGAACAGUUUGCAGCGUCCUGCAAAAACCUUCAUGAAGAUAUAGACAUCACGUGUGACGGCGUCGCGCUGCAGCUGGCGGGCGGCCAGUCGCUGCAGGGCGUCGCGCUGCUCAACAUCCCGUACACCCACGGCGGCUCCAACCUGUGGGGCGACCACGGCAGCCGGCGCAUCUUCCGCCGCCGCCGCAAGCGCGCCGGGCCCGCCGACACCGGCACUGCCAUUCAAGCCUUCAAGGCGCAGGACAUCGGCGACCGGAUGAUUGAGGUGAUCGGGCUGGAGAACUGCCUCCACAUGGGACAGGUGCGCACGGGGUUGCGAGCGUCUGGUCGCAGGCUGGCGCAGUGCUCAUCCGUCAUCAUCCGCACUCGCAAGCGCUUCCCCAUGCAAGUAGAUGGAGAACCGUGGAUGCAGCCGCCCUGCACGAUUAAAAUUACACACAAGAACCAAGUUCCAAUGUUGAUGGCUCCACAGCCGGAAAGAGGAAGAGGAAUCUUCCGUUAUUUAAGGAGGUGAACCAUUUACCUCCGUGAAUGAUACAGUGAACUGCUCUGAACUGAAUGGCAGUGAGCUUCAUUUGUACUCUUUGAACUUCAAGCAGUGUACAACGGCGUCUGAAAAAAAACAAUUACUCCUAUCUCAUGACAUUACUUUUGAAUACAAGAAUCACUACUGAGUACAUAACUGAAAGAAGAUAUAUUCACCAUAUGACACAGUUGCUUGACUGGGGUCAUAACUGCGACUGUAGCCCAGACCUACCAUUUUACUGAUCAGUGUCAGUGAGUGUAUUGUGUUUAAUAUUGUGAAACCAUGAUUAUCAGACACUGCUUAGGAAAGUGCAAUUUUUCUUAACAAGGACAUCACUAGCUGCAUAGUGUUAUACUGUUGAAUUUUAUGUGUACAUUCAUGACAUAGUGGAACAGUGUGACCCACAGUGUACAUUAUUGUAAAUAAAAGUAGAAACAUAUUGCUCAACAGGCAGUGUGCUAAAGUGGAAAUAAGCAUAAAUAUUCUAAACAUAUAGUAGCACUGCAUGAUGGGAAAACAAAUAUUUUUGUCAGUUUCAACUGGUAACAUGUGUGAAAUGAAUAGUCUGUAAAUAGUUCUCUCUAUAGUUCUCAGUCAUAGCAAUAUAAUUGUCAUAAGUGCAAAUAAUGUAUAAAUUCAAAAGCCUUUUUUCUGACAUCCAUGUUUCUUGUACAUAGCUAUUUAAACAGAGUGGAGAAUAAAUGAGCAAACACAAAUUUGAUAUCUAUAUACACCAGUUUUGCAUGUGAAAGAGAGAGAGAGAGAUUCUUUUGUGAGGAACAUUGUAUGUCACAGAUGCACAUUUCCAAACAUAUAUCCUAUUUGUUAUGUGACAUGCUAUGGUUUCAUUAUGUUAGCCUCUAAAACAAAUGUAUCUAUAGUAGCAAAUAUUUGUAUGUGUAACAUGUUCCUUGACAUCAUUCAUUUGUACAUUUACAAAAUGUAUGAUGUGAUACAUAUGAGUAAUGUAACCUUACUUUUACUCUUAUCUUUUUAAGUACACACUCAAGCUCACAUGGGGCUUAAGAAACUCUAAUGUUAUAUGCUCAUAAAUAAAGAUAUGAAAAAGUCAGAGUAAAAUUACAUACACAAGUUAAACUACAAUACUCAUUUCCUUCUUAAGUAAAUGGUCUUACUGAAAACUGUUUAAAUGCAAUUUCUAUAAAUACACUGGAGACACCAAAUAAAUAAAUUUUUGUAUAUUAUAUCCAUUUUAAAAGUUUGGAAUACUUAUUGUAGUCAAAUUAUUA